UUGUUUGAGAUUGUUCUCUGACGUCCUGCAGAUGAGAGGAGCAGCUGUGAGUUUAACUGCAGCGAGGGGAUUGGUUUUCUUCCUACUCUCUGUUCCAGUGAUACAGGCCCAGAGUGAAUGGGGGGUGACUUACCCUUCCACUCCGAUCUGUGCCUUCAAGGGAUCAACCGUGGACAUAACGUGCACCUACACAUACCCACCCAGAAUAAGUGAUAAAACUACAGAAGUUCAAGAACAAUUUUGGUUCACUAAAGUGGAAAAUCUGAAUCUUGUGGAUCUGAAGAAGGACCCAGACUACACAGGUCGUGUGCAGUACCACUGUGAUGAGAAGAGCUGCACUCUGAGAAUCUCAGACCUGAGAGAGAGCGACUCGGCUGUGUACAAGUUCAGGUUCAUAACAAACCAAGAAGGUGGAAGAUAUACUGGUCAACCUGGAGUCACUUUGUCUGUUACUGACCUCCAGGUGCAGGUGACAAGGUCGUCGACCCAGGCAGAGCUGGGGUGUCACAGCAGCUGUGAUGUAGCUGCUAAUCCUUCCUAUGUCUGGUACAAUGAUGGACAGAAAAUGGACGGAGAAACGUCUUCUUCUCUCAGCGUCUCUGUUGAAGACAACAACAGCUAUUCCUGUGCUGUUACAGGAUAUGAAGAUCACCGCUCUCCUCCAGUGUAUGCUCCAAAGGUUGUCUCCCUGUCUCUGACUCCCCCUGGGGAAGUCAGGGAGAACAGUAGAGUGACUCUGACCUGUGGCAGUGAUGCUAACCCAGCAGCUACUUAUACCUGGUACAAGAAUGGUUCUCCUCUAAAUGGAAAUGCACAGCUCGUCUUCAGCUCCAUCCUGUCCUCUGACUCUGGACAGUAUAACUGUGCAGCUGAGAACCAGCUUGGGAAAAGGACAUCUGAAACAAUCUCUAUUGAUGUGAAAUAUGCUCCGAACCAUCCCUCUGUGUCUGCUGAGAUAGUGGAGGGACGUUCAGUGAAUCUGACCUGUAGCAGUGAUGCUAACCCAGCAGCUAACUACACCUGGUACAAGGAGAAUGAAGACUCACCAAAAGCAUCAGGACAGAUCUUCACCAUCACUGAUGUUAGACCUGAACACAGUGGGAAUUAUUUCUGUGAAGCCCAGAACCAAAUGGGACGUCAGAACUCCACCUUACCUCUGAUUGUUGUAGCAGGGAAUUCAACAACAAUAAUGAAGAUCAUCUGGCCGACUGUGGUGGCCCUGUUGCUGAUUCCUCUGCUGCUCCUGAGUCUGCGGGCGAGUUUGACUCAAUUCAGAAGAAAGAAGAAGAAAACUCUGCAACCC